CGCGCGCGAUCGGUGGACGUGUCUCGCGUUCCGAUAUCGAAUACGAUCGCGAUCAUCACGAACUAUCACCGUUUUGUGUUGGACAAUACUUUUCGUUUUAUUUUUUUCUGUGAGUGAGUUCGUUUCUGUGACUGUAAAGACUGGAUUGUGAGGUAAUAAUGCCAAAGAAUCGUUGUGAUAGGACGAUUUCACGUGUUUAAUUUUAGUUUAUUGUUAAUUUUGUUUUGUCUAUUUCGGUUUUGGUCGAUGUUUUCUCUGAUGUCUCAACAGGCGAGAGGAACAAUGGUAACGCAAAUGAAGAAACAUGUCAUCUAAAAGAAAGUCGCCACCCUCGAAAUUGCAAGAAGGAGCCGCUGACACAGAGAAAUCGGAAGCCGGACCUGCCAACCUGGAUUUCUCUGACAACCACGAGUCAGACGACAACGAACAUCAGAAUUUCUACAAAUUCUCACCGAGCUCCUCACCCAGAACCUCAAUAAGUGAAGAGGAAGCGUACGAAGACGAACAGCCGAGCAAGAAGCAACGAUUCGACCAAUCAUUAGACAUGACAAAUAACCUUCUAGUCCCAUCGUCUUUUCUAAGUCUCCAUCAGGUCAACGACCUUCAAACUAGAAGACGUGGCUCCUCAGAAUGCAGCAGCCCUGGUGCUGAAGCGAAAGUUUUGGGGCUGUGUAACAACAACAAUUCAUUGCUGAAUCACAACAGCGCCUUGUCGCUCGCACAUCCGCACAAGCGGUCUAUGGAUGAUGUUUUGAAGAGAUUAACGUCGAAGAUGAAUAACAGUACGAUUAAGGAAGAGAAGAGGCCCACGCCAUCUACUACGCCCGUUAAGCACAAUGAUCGACGAGGCGUGUUAGACGCAGCGGCGCUCCAAGCGUUAGCCGGAGAGAGCGUUUUGGAAAAAGAAAGGCAAUUGUCGGAGAUGAUCUUGCAGUUGCAGAUGGUGAGAGAACAGUUACUGGCUCAGCAAGAACACUCUAAGAAUAUAAACACCGUAUCAGCUGAAAUGGAACUGCAAAGACUUCAACAGGAGCACCUCAGGAGACAGGAAAUGGUGAGACGUGGACACCUAUAUCCCGGACCACCACUUGGACUUCUCCCGUUAUUAGAGCAGAUGCGACCGCAGCCACCACCACAAUCGAAUGUGGUACCGACAUCGACUUGGCCGGCGACAGCUCAACUCGCCCAACUGACAGCAAGCGCGCGUUCUCCCCCACCUCAAGACCCCGAUGCACCACUAAACCUCAGCAAGCAACGUUCACCGUCGCCUGCGCAGCCCAUGAUGCUUCAAAGAUACGUGCCCUACCCGCCAAUGGAAGAAAACAGCCCUUACAUGAAGAAAGACGAUGAUUAUAAUACUGGCUGCAAUACGUCUUCUUGGGCUCAGACUCCUCCUGAAGAGGCAGAGAAAGCUAAACUGAUCCGUCAACCGAAACGCGAUGAAGCUGGUAAACCCCACAUCAAGAGACCCAUGAACGCAUUCAUGGUUUGGGCGAAAGACGAACGCCGCAAGAUCCUCAAAGCCUGCCCAGAUAUGCAUAACUCGAAUAUAUCAAAGAUACUCGGUGCGAGAUGGAAGGCCAUGUCCAACGCAGAGAAGCAGCCAUACUACGAAGAACAGUCGAGACUUUCGAAGUUGCAUAUGGAAAAACAUCCUGAUUACAGGUACCGACCAAGACCUAAGCGGACAUGCAUAGUCGAUGGAAAGAAGAUGCGGAUAUCAGAAUAUAAGAAUCUUAUGCGCACGCGCAGACAGGAGAUGAGGCAGCUCUGGUGCAGGGAUGGGGGGAGCGAACUGAACUUUCUCCCCUCUUUAUCAAGCCCCGGACCAUCUAACUCAUCACCACCACCCAAUGGGGGUAAUUACAUGAACCCAGGUUUCUCUCCCCCAUUGUCUCCCAGAGAGGAAGAUUGAGGUACGGCGCGCGGCUGGCCCUAUCCGCACGCCGCGCCCCUCUCCCUACCCCCGUCUCACCAUCCCUGGUAAACUCCAGAAAGUUCUCGAAUAAACGUAAGGAACAGAAGAAUCUCGCUAGUAGCGACUCCCAUCAACUACUUAAUGUGAGAUCUUCAAGGCUAUAAAUGUUGUUGAUAAAUAAUGCCAGUGUCGCUCCGAUCUCUCGUCUAUACAAAUGUCUUAUUAUAAUUGAGAUUAUUCCAUUAGUGAAUUAAGAUCAACUCAUGUAAACGUUUCGGUUUACGACAAGUAGAUGGCAGUAAUCGUUUGGACUGUGCUAGAAUUGUAUCUACUAGUGAUUAGACGAUUAGGAAAGUGUAUAUAAUAAGUUAUAUUGUUAUAUUUCAUCAAAUUUCAAUGUAAAUAUUUGAUAAUCCUCUGUAGAUAUGUAUGCACGUAAUCGAUGUUCGGAUAAAGUUAUCUGUAGUAAGUUCUAGAUUAGCCAUAGAUUAAAAGUUAUUUAAGUAUUAGAUCCGGAAUUUACUUUUGUGUGGCCAUGUGUAAAUCUUAGUUAAAAUAUCUUUUCGUAGUGUAGAUUUAAGGGAUUUAAUUGUAUCAAACCAAAAAUUUGAAGCGGAAUGCUUGAAAAUUUAAGUGUUUUGAACACAUGCUGUCGAAGAACCAGUGAUAACUAUGAUGCAUAAUAAAGUAUAAAUAAAAUAACUCAUAAUACUCAUUAGCGGAAAUUUGUACUUUAAACAACUAUAUUUAGUGGGUAAAAAAAAAAUGUAAUGUCAAAAUAUCUUCGAUGCUCUGUAUUUCAUAAGUAUCUAUGAAAAAUAAUUAAUCUGUGCCAACCAGUGUUGAAAACAAGAUGGUGGUCAAUUUGGAGAUUGUCAAUUUACAUUAAAAAAAAAAAUAGAAAGAUGUUCUAUUUAUUCCCAAUUUAUAUUUCAAAUAGGCCCACCGAAAUGUGGGGAAAUAAAAAUCAAAUAUUCGCUUUAUCAAAUCGUGCAAUUUAUUAGUAGACGUAGAAUAAGGUAUAGUUGACAAAUAUCUUCAUAAUAUAGUUAUAGAGAAACAAAUUUGUAUAGAUUUUAGUGUUAAUUCAGGUUAAAGGGAGCGAUGUCGUUAAUUGCCAUUUUAUUUGUUAUUUAUUUUUCUAAUUGUAUUUUUCUUGUUUUCUUUUUUUGUACUGAUGGCGAGUACAUACCUAUAAUUUUAUAUUAUCUAUAAAUAACAAUAUACAAACUGU